CCUGUGCAGCCUCCGCUGCCGAUGGGGGAGGUGGAGCCGGGGCCCGCGGGCCCGCUCGAGCCCCCGGAGCCACCCGAAGCGCCCGCGAGCCGCCUGCCGGGAGGGAUCCGGGUCCUGAAGAGAAAUAUGAAACGCAAUGGGAGCAGGAAUUGUUUGAAUAGGCGAAGUAGGUUUGGUUCUCGAGAAAGAGACUGGCUGAGAGAAGACGUCAGGAGAGGUUGCGUCUACCUGUAUGGAGCUGACUCGACCUCUGCUGCUGCAACCGCCGCCACCUCCUCUGACUUACAUCUUGUCCUGUGCACCGUGGAGACACCAGCCUCAGAAAUCUGUGCUGGGGAGGGAAGGGAAAGUCUUUAUUUACAGCUUCAUGGGGACCUAGUCAGGAGACUGGAACCUACUGAACGACCUCUGCAGAUUGUUUAUGAUUACUUAUCCAGGCUGGGCUUUGAUGACCCUGUGCGCAUACAGGAAGAGGCAACAGAUCCUGACCUUGGCUGUAUGCUUCGAUUUUAUGGUGAAAAACCAUGCCAGAUGGAUCAUCUGGAUCGAAUCCUUCUGUCUGGCAUCUAUAAUGUACGCAAGGGGAAGACCCAGCUGCAUAAGUGGGCUGAACGCCUAGUUGUUCUCUGUGGCACCUGCCUCAUUGUUUCCUCAGUGAAGGAUUGUCAGACUGGAAAGAUGCACAUUUUGCCUCUGGUUGGGGGAAAGGUGGAAGGAACCGGUUAUGUGGCCUGUGACGAGGAAGUGAACAAGUCCCCACUGAAUGAAUGUGCAUACUCCAGUAUCAACCAGGGGGCAGGAACCUACCACUUAACUGAUCUGGGGAUGUUGAUGCCCACUGACAUUAAAUUAUGCAGUAUUGUGCAGCUAGUUGGUGGCCAAGCAAGUACCAUAGUCAUCUACCAGCCGUGGGCCAGUGCUGAUUCAGCCUCUUCCUGUAAGUCAGAUCACAGGAAGAUGUUCAUACCCACAAGACCCAACAGCUGUAGGAGAAGCAAGGGAAGCUUCCACACUCGAGACCCACCCUCUGGCAGCGGGCCAGGCCGCCACUGCACUCUGGGUGGCUGCUGUCACCCCAGCUUGGCAGCUGCCCGUUGGGGGUGCCCCGUGCUAUGUGGCUGUUUCUUUUGCAGCAAACUAAAUAAAUUGGAGCAACUGGAGGAACUGAACCUAAGUGGCAACAAACUUAAAACCAUUCCCACGACCAUAGGCAACUGCAAAAGGCUUCACACCCUUGUGGCACACUCCAACAACAUCAGCAUUUUCCCCGAAAUCCUGCAGCUGCCUCAGAUCCAGUUUGUAGACCUAAGUUGCAAUGACUUGACAGAAAUCCUGAUUCCAGAGGCUCUGCCUGCUACUUUACAAGACCUUGACCUGACCGGAAAUACGAAUCUGGUUCUGGAACACAAGACGCUGGACACAUUUAGCCAUAUCACCACCUUGAAAAUUGAUCAGAAACCUUUGCCAACCACCGAUCCUACAGUUACAUCAAGCUUCUGGAGCCAUGGACUGGCUGAGAUGGCAGGGCAGAGAAAUAAGCUGUGUGUCUCUGCCCUAGCUGUGGAUAACUUUGCAGAAGGGGUGGGCGCUGUGUAUGGCAUGUUUGACGGGGACCGAAACGAAGAGCUCCCUCGCCUACUCCAGUGCACGAUGGCAGAUGUGCUUCUGGAAGAAGUACAGCAGUCGACAAAUGACACGGUUUUCAUGGCUAACACCUUCUUGGUAUCUCACAGGAAAUUGGGAAUGGCUGGCCAGAAGCUGGGCUCCUCUGCUCUCCUUUGUUACAUCCGCCCUGACACUGCCGACCCAGCAAGUAGUUUUAGCCUGACUGUAGCCAACGUCGGCACGUGCCAAGCGGUCCUGUGCCGCAGUGGGAAACCAGUGCCCCUCUCGAAAGUCUUCAGCCUGGAGCAGGACCCGGAGGAGGCUCAAAGGGUGAAGGCCCAGAAGGCCAUCAUAACAGAGGACAACAAAGUAAAUGGGGUAACCUGCUGUACCCGGAUGCUGGGCAGUACAUACCUCUAUCCUUGGAUCCUCCCUAAGCCCCACAUAUCUGCCACUCCACUUACUAUUCAAGAUGAGUUGCUGAUUCUGGGAAACAAAGCAUUGUGGGAACACUUGUCAUAUACAGAAGCUGUCAAUGCAGUACGCCAUGUGCAAGACCCAUUAGCAGCUGCCAAGAAGCUGUGCACAUUAGCCCAGAGCUAUGGUUGUCAGGACAAUGUUGGGGUGAUGGUGGUUUAUUUGAACAUCGGUGAGGAAGGGUGCACGUGUGAAAUGAAUGGGCUCACCCUCCCGGGUCCUGUGGGAUUUGCUUCCACCACCGUCAUCAAGGACCCCCCCAAGCCAACCACUCCUUCCUCCAGUAGUGGCAUUGCCUCUGAGUUCAGCAGUGAGAUGUCCACCUCAGAGGUGAGCAGUGAGGUGGGGUCCACUGCUUCUGAUGAACACAACACUGUCGGGCUGGAUGCUGGCUUGCUUCCAAGGCCAGAGAGGCGCUGCAGCCUCCAUCCAACACCCACCUCUGGGGUGUUUCAGCGCCAGCCUUCUUGUGCGACCUUCUCAAGUAACCAGUCUGACAAUGGCCUCGACAGUGAUGACGACCAGCCUGUUGAAGGUGUCAUAACAAAUGGCAGCAAAGUAGAAGUAGAAGUGGAUAUCCACUGCUGUAGGGGAAGGGAUCUCGAGAACUCUCCCACUCUUAUAGAGAAUUCUCCUACCCCGUGUCCUGAGGAACAUGCUAGAGGAUCGUUUUUUGGGAUCCGAAGACAGAACAGUGUGAAUAGUGGCAUACUUCUGCCAAUGAGCAAGGACAGGAUGGAGUUACAGAAGUCCCCCUCCACUUCCUGUCUGUAUGGAAAGAAACUCUCGAACGGCUCUAUCGUGCCCCUGCAAGAUAGCCUGAACCUCAUCGAAGUGGCCACAGAAGCACCCAAGAGGAAAACUGGCUACUUCGCUGCCCCCACUCAGCUGGAGCCAGAGGAUCAAUUUGUUGUACCUCGUGACCUGGAAGAAGAAGUGAAAGAGCAAAUGAAGCAACAGCAGGAAAGCAGGCCCGAGCCUGAGCCCAACGAAGAGGGUCGGACCGAGCUCCCGGAGGAGUUUGACACGGCUCUGUAACCCUCCCCCAGGAACCGGAGCACUAGGGAAGGCUGUGCGCUGUGGGGGUAGGGGUCCUUCCGGAGGCAUUGUGCCUCUGCAUUUCUAAACCAUAGCUGAGGGGGGUAGAACUCAGAGCCAGACAUGGUGAGAGCUAUCAGGGUCUUGCUCCGGAUAAGCUAGUAAACACCAUCAGUGUUAAGUGUCACAUUUAACCUGCAUUGGAAUUCCCAGAGUUACUGGGAAGAAAGCAGAUGUUGUUCUGUAUCAGUCCUACCACCUGCCAUUAACCCUUUCUCUCCUAGGAUAAUUUGAGAAUUUGCCUGCCUGGGCAGGAAAGGGACUCUUUCUGUGGAGGAAGUAACUGAAGAUUGAUUCUCUUUACUUAUUGCUGCUGAUGGAUCUCUGUGACAGAGAAAUCACCUUAUAUCUCAGCCUAACUGAUGGGAUGUGAUGUGACUAGUCACAUGGCUUUUCAUUCUUCUCUACGAGAAUACAGCCUUUCGAAAUGAUGUUUAUUGGAAAUGUAGAACCAAUCAGAUAAUUUAUGUAUGUAAUGUAAUGAGAGCACUUUUCAUUGACUGUGAACUUUUUAUUUUUGAAUCUGCACUCGAGCCAAUCUUCUUAGAGGCAGCCCAGCACUUUUGUCUGUAGACAGAAUGAUCAUCAGGUGUUGGAGCAUUCUGUGAGGGUACUAGGGAGGGCCCUGGGAAAUCUUUGAACUGUUGGAGGGCAGACUGGGAAAGCUCCUGAGAAACCUGGGGGAGUAGGAUCUUUGGGGAUGAAGAUGGGGAAGGAGAGAGGACUAAAACUGCUUCCCCCCCCCAAUCAGAAAGACAAUAACUCCUUGACCAAUGUGACGCCUGCAAGGAAUUGCCCCGCAGAUCACAAGAGAAGUGUUUGCGGACUGGCCUCUUCCCAUGACAUAUGAUGGAGUUGGCAGCCAGCCUCCUCAUGUAUAGGGCCAAGGCUGAUGCUGCUCGCAUCCAAGUAACCUUGAGUGUAGCAGGUGACUCUGCACGGACUGAGGCUGAAUGAGAGCAGAUGGAUGAACGGAGCUCAUGGGUUAGACCUGUUCCUUUUCUUACUCUAGAGCAGAGGGAUGGUUUUCUAAAGUGUCGGAAAUGAGUUGAGUUCACAUCUUUAAUGUUCAACAGAGUACUCUUCUGAAAACUGCUUAUCCACCUCACAUGGUUUCAGAGUACUGGGCUCAAUUACUAAUGGAAGAAAGACUUAAUUGAGAAGAUCCUAAGCAUACAGAAAACCUGGUUUACUGUAUUUUUGCACAUUCCACAUAACCCUAGCAAAAUACAGUUCCUUCCGUGUUUCUGUUCUGUUGCCUUUUCCAUUACAAGAUUUACUUAGGAAACGAAUUCCUACUUAACUCCUAUAAAAUUUUGACAUUGCUUGAUUUUACCCAAUGGGGAAUGUGCUUUGAAUUUUUAGAAUACUUUCACAAUUAAAAAGCAAAUAGUGUGGAACCAUGAAUUUGCUGAAUGAGAAACAAAAUGUUAAAGAUAGGGUUGAGAUAUAUAUAGAUCUGUCUGUCCAUCUAUUUAUAUCUUUGAGGGGGUUUUUGAAGUUUUUGUUAAAGCAGUAGUAGAAAACCAGAUGACCUGUCUUCAGAUGGUUAUGUGUCCUCAUCUUCUCAGCAGCCCCACAUCUGUGUGUGUGUGUGUGAGUGAGGUUCACUCUUGGGGGAUUCCAUACCAGUCCAGUGGCCAUCUGAAGUUCAACCCCUCAAGAAUCUGAGUUUGAGUCUCCAUAUUGUCAGGAAAACUUGACUUCUCUGUAUCAAACUAUUGGUCAGCUACUAAAAAGUUUUAGAACUCAGGUCUUGAUUUGAAGCGGGGAAUAUAACAGUUGAUACAAAGUUUAGAUGCCAUUGGAAAAGGGAACAAAUUGUGUGUUGCUGCCCUAUUUUUAUAUGGGGAAAUGGGAGGGGGGGAUGAAGGAGAAAUGAAAAUGAAGAAAAAGCCCAAAAUAUUAGUGAUGGGUGAUGUGAAACGUCUUGCUUCCGGACAGCAGAACCUUUGAGUCACACAACACUGAUGCUGUCUGCAGAAGAAAGUUACUUUGGGAAUAUACCACUUUCAUAGUAUAGUUUCUUAAAAAUAGUCCUUUAUCUCUGUGAACCCUUUUCUUGUCUUUGUUUCCCACUCUACUUAUUGGAACCACCAUGAAACCCGGUUCUGAAAUGACUGUACCAAAAGUAUUUGCUUUUUCGUCAGAAGAACUCUAAAAUUCCAGAUGUUCUUUUACAUGGUAGAUUUAUUUUCAGGAAACACUAGGUUGCAUUGGAAACCUUUCAUAUAGGCUUUCAUAUAGUUAGUACCAAACUAUUUUCUGUAACUUCUUUUCAUUCAUUUCCCUCUAUAAUUGCUCUGUAUUAAAAUAGAGGGUAAAAAAGGCCAUAGUCCAUUACCAAAAAUAGCAUACAGAACUCUUGACCUAUGAGGUCAUUUACAGUCGUGUGAUCUGAUUAGGUUGUCAGGUGGUGAAAUCCAGGACUCUCUCUCCAGGUGAAUGUAAUCUACUUCCCAGGACUUUACCCAGAGGAUGUGUUCCCCUGGUGGGUAGAGUACCGUUGAUCUCUAGCCCAGAGAUUCUGGCCUCUGCGUGAUUCUCAGGUCUCUGCGUGUACCUCCCAUUUAAUAGAGAACUGUAAGAGAAUUUGUGAAAGAAUAUCACUCCUGCUUCUGGGAGCAGUUCAGGAGUCCCAUGGAAGAAAGAAAAAUACACGAGUCUUGGCAGCCAUGGUAUUCUUAUUUUUAUCCAAAUGGAUUGGAAAUACGUUCGAAAGUUUGAAUGGCGCUGUGUCAUUACGAGUCUACCGGAGAGUCAUUGAAUUGGCACUCCUCAUACAACUGAGGGCGUCACUAUUAUACUACUGUAGAGUGUAUGUGUGCAAUAAGCUGGCGAAUUCAUUUUCCUGGUGUAUGGAAGAGCCAGCACAAGCAGCUUGGUAAUCACUGGGUGCUAUUAGAGUUGUCUGUAGCCCGUGCUAUGGUCCGGGAGGUGGAGCCAGCCGGGUUGGGUUUAGCUACUGAAUAUCAAACGUUGCUCUUCUUCCCAUGUAGACCUUCAGCAAAAGCAGGUACUUGGAAGCCACAGGCUCACCUUCUCUAUCUACUCAAUAAUUAUUAAUGAAGACACCUCCAUAAGGGAGCAUCUGGCUGUUAUGGAUAAAUGUACCAUUUAUUAAAUAAUUAGUCUCCAAGCCAUUCAGUGAUGCCUGCAGCAUCACGAGAGAACUGCGUCGUGUCACUUUUUACUUCCCUCUGGGUGGGGCCUUUUCAGACUCCCCCAGUCUUGGAGGCAAGUUCAUCUUUCUCUCCAGUUAGUGACUCUUACCCCAUAGUUGGGUAAGCACUUCCUAGAUUGAGGAAAGCAGCUACAGUAAAUCCUGCUGUUUCUUUCAUUUGGUGAUCCUUGUAUUCUAAAUUUCACGCACUUCUCCCAGAUGCUAUAGGGUUUUCUCUCACUGUUGCCAGUGGAUGUCAUCCAGACAGUGAGUUCAUAUCUUAUGGUUUUGUGCAAUCAUUGUAUUGUAGUCCUAAGACUCAUUAUAGUGUAUUUUUGAUAUUUUUGAAAUGUGUUAAAUUUUUUAAUUCAAUAAUAUGAGCCAGAGCAUGUUGCAGCAAAUCUAUUGUUUGUAAAAAAUAACAAUAACAAUAAUAAUAAAUAAAAUAAAAUGGAGUAUCUUUUUCAUGGCUUUGUUUUAAAAUGGAAUACCUGUUAUUUUAUAAAUAUUUUGGCAUGAAACUGUAAUUUCUCUAACUUGUAUAUAGAAUUAGUUUUCUUAACCAAAAGUACCUUUAGGAUUUUUCUUGCCCCCUCCCUUUUUUUUUUUUUGUUUGCUUUAGAGGAAGAUAACAAAUGAAACCACAUUCCAUGACAUUAUGAAGCUAUGAGUUAAGGCAAGAAUAAAUAUUUUCAC